AUGAGUAGUAGUACCCAACAACAACAACAUAAACCACCAGUCAUUCUCGUCGUGGGAGGAAGUGGAAAAGUUGGUUCCGAAUUGGUUUCGAGUCUUCUCGAUCGAAAUGCUCGAGUUCGAAUUCUCGUUCGAAACAUUGAGAAUGCAAAAUCCAAGUUUGGAGACAAGGUCGAGUAUGCAGCUGGCGAUGUCUCUCAAGAUCUCGAUCGUUUAGAUCCAAGUGCCUUUCAACAGAUUGAACGUUUAUUUAUCCUUGUUCCAAACAAUCCACAACAAGUUUCACAAGAAUUGAAUGUGUUGAAAAAAGUCCUUCAACAAAGUUCAACCACAUUGCGACAAGUGGUGAAAUUGAGUGUAUUGAAUGCAGAUGCGAGUCGACCUCUUGGAGAUUUACAACGUUUACAUGGACAAAUUGAGAAUCGAAUUGAGGAUUAUUUGAAUGAAAAGGCACCGCAUGUGCAUUUCACCGUGUUGAGACCCAAUAACUUUAUGCAAAAUUUGUUGGCUGAAGCGAGUGGAAUUCAAAAACAAGGUGUCUUGUAUCGUCCAAAGGCAGAGCCGUUCGAAUAUCGUGUGUCCUUUAUUGAUACUCGAGAUAUUGGAGAGGCAGCUGCAACUGUGUUGACACAAGAUCCUCAGAAGCAUUCAGGACGUGCCUAUGAGUUAACUGGACCAGAGGCAUUGAGUUGGGAAGAAAUGGUUCAAAAAGUGUCUCAAGUAUCAAAUCAUAAGGUGGAAGUGGUCUAUGUGGAUGAUGCUGAAUUUUACAAUGCCUUGACAUUCUUGCCAGAGUUUUAUCGAUUUUAUUUUGUCAAGUUGAUGCAGACCUAUCGUGUGGAGAGACGUUCAGGAAUCAUUGCUGGUGAUUACAAGUUGAUCACGGGAAAGGAAGCGAGAAGAUAUGAUGACUUUUUGAAAGAGAAUGCUUCAAGUUUUUAA